AUAUCACAUCUCAUCUUCCAUACAAUAUUGAAACCAUCAUUAUGAGGGAAACUUUCCGUGCUAUGCUUGUUCUAGUUGCUGUAUUGUUAUUCGAAGCUGCAGAGUGUUGCUCUGGUCGGAACACGAGCUUUAGCUGUAUAGAAAGGGAGAGAGAUGCCCUCUUGAAGUUCAAACUUUGUUUCCAUGAUCCAUCGCAUAUGUUGUCUUCUUGGAAAGGCAAUAACUGUUGUGAAUGGAUAGGAGUAGGCUGUGACAAAAACAGCGGAUAUGUUGUCUCGCUUCAACUUAGGGGAUCAAUACUUGAUCAACCUUAUUGGUACUUUAUUGAUGAUCAACAACCUCAACCUCAAUUGUACUUGAUUGAUGAUGCAAAGGAGGUUGUUUCAAGUUUGCUCAAGCUGAGAUACUUGGAACACCUGGACUUGAGCAACAAUAAUUUCGGUGGUAAUCUUAUUCCACCCUCCUUUGGCUUGAUGAAGCAGUUGAGGUACCUAAAUCUCUCUUAUGUGCAGUUUAGAGGAAGAAUUCCUGGUGAACUUGGAAAUCUUACAAGGCUUCAGGUUCUCGAUCUUUCUCAGUAUUAUUAUGGGAGAUUGAAGGUUGAUGGUGACAUUCAGUGGAUUUCUCGUCUCUCCUCUUUGCAACAACUUGAUAUGAAGGGAGUAAAUCUAAGCCAUGCCUCAUCAAACUUGUUCCAGGUACUUGACAUGCUUUCUUCAUUAUCAUGGUUGAAUACCAUUGGGCAACUUUCUAAGUUAGAGAGUAUAGAUCUUUUUAAGAAUCAAUUGAAUGGGAGUAUUCCAGAUAUCAUCAGGCAACUUUCUAAGUUAAAGAGCAUAGAUCUUUCUCACAAUCAAUUGACUGGGAGUAUUUCAGAUAGCAUCGGGCAACUUUCUAAGUUAGAGAGUAUAGAUUUUUCUGACAAUCAAUUGACUGGGAGUAUUCUAGAUAGGAUCGGGCAACUUUCUAAGUUAGAGAGCAUAGAUCUUUCUGAGAAUCAAUUGACUGGGAGUAUUUCAGAUAGGAUCGGGCAACUUUCUAAGUUAGAGAGCAUAGAUCUUUCUGAUAAUCAAUUGACAGGGAGUAUUCCAGAUAGCAUCGGGCAACUUUCUAAGUUAGAGAGCAUAGAUCUUUCUCACAAUCAAUUGACUGGGAGUAUUCCAAAUAGCAUUGGGCAACUGUCUAAGUUAGAGAGCAUAGAUCUUUCUCACAAUCAAUUGAUUGGGAGUAUUCCAGAUAGGAUCGGGCAACUUUCUAAGUUAGAGAGCAUAGAUCUUUCUCUAAAUCAAUUGACUGGAAGUAUUCCAGAUAGGAUUGGGCAACUUUCUAAGUUAGAGAGCAUACAUCUUUUUCAUAAUCAAUUGAGUGGGAGUCUUCCAAACAGCAUCUGGCAACUUUCUAAGUUAGAGAGCAUAAAUCUUUUUGAGAAUCAACUGAAUGGGAGUAUUCCAGAUAGCAUCAAGCAACUUUCUAAUUUAGAGAGCAUAUAUCUUUCUCACAAUCAAUUGAGUGGGAGUAUUCCAGAUAGCAUUGGGCAACUUUCUAAGUUAGAGAGGAUAUAUCUUGCUCAUAAUCAAUUGAGUGGAAGUAUUCCAGAUAGCAUUGGGCAACUUUCUAAGUUAGAAAGUAUAGAUCUUUCUGGCAAUCAAUUUGGAACAGGAUUUCCUAAAUGGCUUCAAUUACAAAAGACAAUACUCAUGGUUGAUCUCUCUAAUGCUAGCAUCUCAGGUCCUCUUCCAGAAAACAUAGGUCAUAUGACACCAAUGUUGCAGGGAUUAUAUCUUGCAAAUAACUUCAUGAACGGUUCAGUUCCAAAGUCACUAUGCAAUUUAAAAUAUUUGGGAGCACUUGAUCUUUCAAACAAUAUGUUAUCCGGAAGUAUUCCUAAUUGUUGGAGAAAUGAUCAAUCAUUGAAUUUUAUUGAUCUAUCUUCUAACAAUCUCUCGGGUUUAUUUCCAAGCACAAUGGCGCGUCUUUCUUCUUUAAGUGUACUACACUUGAACAACAAUAGUCUCCACAAGGGACUGCAUGUGGCCUUGAAACACUUCACUUCUUUAGUUGUUUUGGAUUUGGGUGAAAAUAAAUUUUCUGGAAAUUUAACAAGCAUUGUAGGGGGCGAAAUUGGCAACCACUCUUUAAAGAUUUUUCGACUACGAAAAAAUUUGGUUUCCGGUGAUAUUCCCUUGAAACUAUGCUCUCUCUCUCAAUUGCAAAUUCUAGAUCUUGCAGAUAACAAUCUGACAGGAAGGAUUCCUCCUUGUUUUGGAAAGUUUUCGAUUAUGGUGAACGCAACACUACAAUUGAGUCAUGACAUGGGUAAUGAAUAUUGGGAUGAGGCAUUUUUCACGGAGGUUUUGCUAUCGAGAUACUUUGAGUAUUGGAAUCAGGCACCUGUGAUGGAGGUUGUGAAAGGGAGAUACCUUAAGUAUAUAAAAACAACUCUGGUACUUGAGAUUAGUAUAGAUCUUUCAAGUAACAAUCUAAUAGGAUCCAUACCAGAGGAGCUAAUUUUCCUUAAGGAUUUGCACAAUUUGAAUCUGUCUUGGAAUCAUCUCUCAGGAAAGAUCCCUGAGAAAAUUGGACAAAUGGAGAAUUUGGAAUCUCUUGAUUUCUCCAAGAAUAGCCUCUCAGGAAUGAUCCCGAACAGUAUGUCAAGUUUAACCAAGUUAAGCUACCUCAACUUGUCCUACAACAACUUGUCAGGGCCAAUUCCAACAGGCUAUCAACUCCAAACACUCGAAGAUCCAACCAUGUAUGCUGGCAAUCCUCAACUCUGUGGAGCUUUACUCUUGAAGAAAUGCUCAAAUGAUACAUUGCCUUCGACAAUCUCCAACUUCAAGGGCAAUGAUGAAGGUGCACUUAAAAGAAUGUGGUUUUACAUUGUUGUGAUGUUAGGCUUUGCAACUGGAUUCUGGGGAGUUGUGGGAACUUUGAUUUUUAUAAAAAAUUGGAGAUAUGCUUAUUUUCAGUGGAUGGAUGAUGUUCAUCACUGGAUACUUGUGGUUAUAACGUUGAAGGUGGCACGAUUCAAGAAGAUGUUCAAUGGCAAUCAAGAUGAUCAGUGAGUUAUAUAUGGAGUAUGUUGUUGUUGCUACAUUGGAGGAUGUUGUUAUUGCUACAUUAAUUAUUUAGUUGGACAACCCAUAUUCCAGGGCAUAGUGUCGGGUCCAACUUUGAAUGGCCCAACAUUAAAUCAACCAAUUUUAAAUGA